AUGCAUGUUGGUCCGGUUUUGGCGGAAAACGGAGUUCUAGCCGCCUCUCCUGGACUGGUCGAUCUUCAGAAGCAGACCCCCGAGUCCCCCACCGCGCCUCUGGAGGAGAUCCCGCAAGCUACACAGGCCAUGGAGGUCACGGAGACGGGCCGGCCACGAAGGCAAUGUCGACAGAACAUUAGCUACACCGACAAUGAUAUUGAUGUGAUUCUUGAGCAGCAUCUCUUGGACAAUGGGAGGACAAGGAAGCGGAAGGAUGUAAAUGAGAAUGAACCUGUGCAAAAGAAGAGGGGAAGGACUAAAAAGUAAGAUUUGACAAUUCUUGUGUUCUUGGUUUAGAUUCGGAUAUUGGCAUCCGUCUGUAACACAAAUCAUGGAACUUUUGGAGUAAAAUUGAUCGAACUGUCAUGAGUUUAAAAAGGCCUGCAUAGAGUGGCACCCGGUAUACCUCUGGUUUCAUUUGUGUAGUUUUAUUGAUCGGUUCUUUCAUUUUUUUAGCCGUGGAAGGGAAGAAAGAAAACGUUUUGUAACAAUGGUCUUUGACUCUUCUGAUUACGGUGAAUACGUCAUACGGCACAUAAAUUUUUCGUAGAUUCUCUACUUAGUAUAUGCGGAUACAGUUUUUUUACUUAUUAAGUGAUGGGUUUCUGUUGGAAGAUAGCUUGGGGUGGUUAAAGUGAUUUCUCUACUGGUAAAUUAAGGGAUGUAUUUGAUGGUAAAAGAUUGCUGAAGGUAGCAUUGUGUCGGUGUGGUGUUUUCAAUAGUGACUUCUUUUCAGAAGUGACAGCGGAGCUGUGACCCCAAAGACUUCGACUUCCAAAACUAAAACCGAUGAAAAUUCUUCUCAAAACAACAGUAUGGCCAUGGUAAAACAAGGAUCGGUGAAUGGUCCGUCGACUAGUUCCGCGAACUCUGGGCACGUUAUCAAUGAACAGCAGCGACAGGCAUUAAUUGCGUCGAUCAAACAUGUGGAAUAUGAGCUCAAGUUUAUGGAUGUGGAUCGACUUCAUUUCGAGAUGCAGACCAGAGACGAAGCACAUCUGAAUCCAGAUUUUAGGAGGACUUUGGUCGAUGAUUGGGUCUCCACUUCGUGUAAGUUUUGAGGGGACAUUUUUAUUUGUUUGAAAAAGUCUUGUGUGAGCCAUGUAUAAUAUUCUAUUGUUGGGAGUUGCCGGGCGAUACAAAAUGUAUUACAAUAGCUUUAUUUCAGAUGAUCAUGAAUUUCACUUGGGCCGUUUAAUGGAAUUGGCCAGAAAUCCCAACCAACAACACACUGAUACCAUCUUGCAUACGAUCUUCGUGAUGCGCGGGUUGUUGAAUGUAAAGAAUGAGGUAAGUCCCCCUUCUUUUUUAUUGUUUAUGUUUUUAGAAUAAUUUACUGAAACUCAAGAUGGAAGAACUGGUACGACAACAGAAGAAUGGGUCAAACGGAAGUGUCUAA